AUGGCUAUGGCAUCAAACAUCUUAGUGAACAUCCAGGAGGAGGUGACCUGCCCCAUCUGCCUGGACCUCUUGAAAGAGCCCCUAAGCCUAGACUGUGGCCACAGCUUCUGCCGAGCCUGCAUCACAGCAAACAAUAAGGAGUCUGCGGCAACCCGGGAGGAGAAGAGCAGCUGCCCUGUGUGCAGAAUCAGUUACGAGCCUGGGCACCUGCGGCCUAAUCGGCAUCUGGCCAACAUAGUAGAGCAGCUCAGAGGAGUCAAGAUGAGCCCAGAGGGGGAGCAGGAGAAAGAGCUCUGUGUGCGCCAUGGAGAGAAACUCCUGCUCUUCUGUAAGCAGGAUGGGAAAGUCAUUUGCUGGCUUUGUGAGCGGUCUCAGGAGCAUCGUGGUCACCAGACCUUCCUCAUUGAGGAGAUUGUCCAGGAGUACAAGGAGAAGCUCCAGGGCACCCUGGAGCAGAUGAGGGAAAAGCUGCAGGAAUCUGGACAUUUGGAAGCUGAAGUCAAAGAAAGGACAACUUCCUGGAAGAGUCAAAUACAAAGUGAGAGACAAGGUGUCCAGGCAGAGUUUGCAGAACUGAGAGGUCUCCUGGACUUGGCGGAGCAGAAGGAGCUACAAAACCUGAAUAAGGAGGAAGAAGUCAUUCUCCAUAAACUGGCAGAGGAUGAGAGUGAGCUCGUUCAGCAGAGCCAGUUGAUAUCAGUUCUCAUCUCAGAUCUGGAGCAUCGAUUGGAAGCGUCAGACAUAGACAUGCUGCAGGAUGUGACUGACAUCAUACAAAGGUGUUGGGAUUUCACUGUGAAGAAGCCAAAAACUUUUCCCGAACAACCAGGACGAGUGUUCCAAGCUCCGGAUCUGAGAGCGAUGCUGCGAGGGCUUACCGACCUGGCAAGUGUGCGAUGCUGCUGGGUUGAUGUCACCUUGAAUCUGACCAGCAAUGGACACAGUGUUGCGAUUUCUGCAAAUAAGAGAGAAGUGAAAUCUUUGUGGGACAAUAUUCCAGUUACAAAAUAUCCGAAUUACUAUUAUGGAGAUUUUUCUGGUGAUAAAAAAUAUCCGAAUUACUAUUAUGGGGAUUACUCUGUCCUGGGAUCACCAUUUUUCAAGAAUGGGAAACAUUACUGGGAGGUAGAUGUAUCCAACAAAAGUUCCUGGAUCCUGGGGGUGUGUGGGGAAAACCAUUGUAAAAGAAAUGUAAAUAACCCCCCUAAUAACCAAAAUAUUUAUGGUGGAUUACAGCCUAGAUUUUGCAUCUGGGCUAUAGGGUUACAGAAUCAAUCAGAGUAUCAUGCUUUUGAUGAUGAGACUCAAUCCCAGAAACCCAAGAUGUUGUCUCUUUCCAUGAAGGUCCCUCCCAGUCGUGUUGGGGUUUUCCUUGACUAUGAGGCAGGCACUGUCUCCUUUUACAACGUCACAAACCAUGGGUCACACAUCUAUGAAUACUCCAAGUGUGGCUUUCCUGAGAGAGUUUGUCCAUAUUUGAAUCCUCUGAAAUGUAAAUUGCCCAUGGCUAUUUGCAAACCAGGCCCUUGAGCCUUCUUAAUCCUCAUGUACUUACCUGGAGUGCCUUAUGCCUUGGGGGCAUGAGGCACUGAGCUUAUUUCCAACAUUCUGCCCCCUUCCUUGCUGGUUCUAUUCUUUUGCAUUUUGACAUCCUUUAUGUAUCAACAGGAUGUAUCACUUCCCCUGUGUUAGAUUUUUCCUAAAUAUCAUGCACGUUAGGAGAGGCUCUUAAUUUAUCAAUUUCUAUUCUCCCGAGGUAAAAUGAGGCCUCCUGACCUUUGUCAAAUAUUUGGUACUGGGAGCCGUGCUACUCAUGUCGUCCACAAAGUUGCGGGCAUGGGGCAGAUUCCUGAAAAGUCAGGAAUCUUGUUAGCUGACUCCUUGUUUCUCAUUUGUUUAUGGCUAGUUUCUACCAUUGUUAAAAUACACAUUUAAAAGUAAAACUGUACAUGCUGUUUGAUCAGUUACUGAAUAAACAAUUUGAUGGCAAAUGGCACUGUGUGAUAUAAAUAUUACAUUUUUUAUAAAAUUAGUAUCUCUGCCAAAAGACAGCAAUUCAACAUUUGGCCGAUCAUUAACAAGUGAAAAACCUGGAAACAAAAGGCUGUAUAUUUCU